GCCGCCGAGGCGUGAAGAGGAGCCUCCCCGGCGGGGAAGCUGAGGCGGGUUUGGGCCCUGUGCAGCUGCGGACUGGCCGCCCCAUGCGAGCUCCGUCCCCCGCGGCCGCUCGCCGCCGCCCGCGCUGGGAUGGAGGGGCAGGGCAGCCGCCGGCGGCAGCUCCCGGUCCUGCUGCUCUGGGUUAAUGGUCUAAUGGCGCUUGGAUUCGCAGGUGCACGUCAACAGACUGAGCUCUGCAAUGAGUCUCUUAUGUUAGAAAAGUUGCCUGCCUGUGGGAAAUCUUUUGAAGAGAUGAUGAAGAAAGUGGACUCAAAAAAGUGGUGCAACCUGACAGAAUUUAUCAUGUAUUACGACAACUUUACUCAGUGCACGGAACGUGAAGCCAACAAUGCAAGUUGCUUUUGGCCAAACCCCCUUGCAGAAGGCUUUAUCACUGGAAUUCAUAAACAAUUCUUUUCAAACUGUACUUCGGAAAAGGUUCACUGGGAAGAUCCACCACAUGAAAUUCUUAUAACACUGAUCUUGAUCCCAGUCAUGUUGACAUGUGCCAUGAUAACACUGGUGGUAUGGUGCAGCAAGAGAAGUGAUAUCCUGGUGUAAGUUCUUCCUCUGGACUUUAUUUUUCUUCAUUUCUUUCUUCCCUAAACACUAAGAAAGGAGGACAAAGAGAGGAACCCAUCAUAAAGUAUCAGUGAGAUGCUGAGACAGGGACGGUGCUCCUGUGAAUGAAGAGCUGCCUGCUGCUUCUGAAUGUCACUGCUUCUGUCUUGGUCAUGGGUGCUACUGGUGCAAAACUCUACUUCUAUUGAGCCUCAUCAGCAUGGAAUUCACAGGCAGCUUCGAGAAACAGGAGAGUUCCCAGGCAGAUGGACACCUUGUCUGCAAAAGGGGUAAAGUUACUUUCCUAUGGAUAAAGCUGGCUGAUWAAGUUUUGCAAAGCUGUGUGUAAGUGUCUGUAUGCAUAGUGUAAUACUGACUGUGGGGGAAGUGAUACCUCUGGAGGUUUUGUGCAGGAUACCCAAGGUUUUCAUUGGUGUACCCUGUGACUUGGAGAGAUCACUGGCAAAGRAACUGAAUGUGGAUGUAACCGGUCGUAGCUUUGCCUAGAAGCUGGUCAAAAUCAUCAUUAUCAAAAACUGGAAGUAUUGUCCUGGCAAAGAAACAAUUUGUGUCUGGUGACUCCCCAUACAUGCCACAGUAUAAAAUAGUUGAUGAAAUUCCUUUAAGCAUGGCUACUUGGAAUUGUAUGUCUUACAAACAAACUCUGGGAUGAUGUACAGGUCUUAUUUUACAGAGCUGGAAAAUGUGAUAGGAAAUCGGUUGAUUAUAAAUAUACUAAGGAGUAAUGAGGAAACUUUCAUAUGCCAGACUCUGUUUUUCCUCUUUUACAAUUAUUAUUCUUGAUGACUUGUGUUCACUGUAUGCUCCCCACUCUCACUUCAAUUUGUGCAAGUGAUAUCUUACAAAUAAAUACAAAAGUGUCAUGCUGAUUGAGGUGCCUUUCAGAGUAUUGUACAUAAAUAACUCUUCAUCCUGUGAWGAGUGUGGGAGCUAAAGUAAGAACAUUAAGACUUGGAACAGACAUAACAGGAAAGAGAGAAAGCUCAACUCGGAAAUCUUAUUCUAUAAAGUUGUUCUUACGUACUAGUCGAAAUCAUGUGCUCAAAAGUCKAGGUCAUGUGCUCAAAACAAAAUAACUUCACUGUGUUGCAAACCUUCCCUUCACAAAACGCCUUUCAGUCCAAUACUCUUCUAUUAGAAGUGUGCAAUGUCUGUUACAAGUGACUCUUCAUUUUUCCAUACCUUAUGCAUACCAUACACAAAUAAAAUACAGUUGAAUGAUCAAGUAAUUGUGUUUCAUAUAUUUUAUAGUUAGAUUUUUCUCCUUUAAGAUUCUAUCUCUGUGUUUGAGACUUAGGUCUGUGAUGAAAAGCAUUUCCAGGCUUGAAUCGAAUUAGAAGUGCUCCAUUUACUAGAUUAUUUAUCUACAUACAUUGUAUGCACAUAAAUAAAUAAUCUCUAUUAAGCUGUACUGGUUUGUUUUCACGUCCUUUCACAAGGGUUGAGGCACCAACUUAUUUUUUUAUUACCCUCAUGCUGGAAUGAUUCAAUUUCGAAAGUGUUUCCUGUGUGUUUUUCCAAAGACUUUUUAAUUCUCUAGAUGCUAGCAGAAAUUGCUCUUUGUAAAAAAGAAAUGUGAAAUAAUGUACUGAGGAUUUUCAAUUAAUUUUCUAUUUAACUGUUAUUUUUGUAUUAAAAUGCUUUGGACCAAAACUAAUGGCCAAUUAAAAAGCCCAGCCAGUUMAUUUUAUUUGAAAUAUUGUUUGGUUAAGCAUUUCGUGUGGCCAAAACAAAAUAAUCUUAUAUUCUGC